GGCAAUUUGCUGACAWCAAUCCAAGAAUAGAAAGUGACGAUGAUGAUAAAUUCCGAUCGAAGCGCACUGAUGAUGAUGUAGCCAAAGAGAUGAAUAACAAUAACGCAAACCCGCAGCAGAGAUCUCGAGUGAACGCACUAAAAUCAAUACGUACUGACGGCCACAGUUAAUACGGACGCUUGAGCGAAAGAAGGAACUGUUCAGGAACCACACCAGUUUUGCUGAGCAGAAUGUCAAUCGACUUCAAUGGAGACAGCAAAGAUAAUAAAACACAGUCCGCAAUCGGAGAACAUUCUAUCCAUGUGGAGGAAGUAGGAGGAGUAGGGUGUCACUUGGUCGAGCCGCUCAUUCCAAGAGUGAGCAAUCCUUCCUCUAGCAGGACCGAGUCGAAUGUUUCCGCUAGAUCAUGUAACAAUGAAAACUGCAAUUUGGUGGCUAUUGAACAAGAAGAACAUGCUUAUUAUGAGCUGCUGCUUGAAGAUGGUAAUUCUCUGGAUCCAGCUUUUUUCGAUGGUCGCAAUGAUUAUUAUUCUUUGGAUCCGCAUCGAUUCUUCAUAUUGGCCAUCUUUUGUCUCAAUAAUCUUUUGGGUAGCGCCGUCUGGAUUACCUUCGCACCGAUUGAAGAUGCAGUGGAGGCCAAAUUCCGACAGUUCGAUCAUUUCUUUCAUGAAAACGAUGCGACUAUAUCGAACCAAGACGUCAAUUGGUUGUCUAUGGUGUCAAUGGCUGUUUAUGCCCCAGGGACUGCUCUCUGUGCAUGGGCUAUUCCGAAAUAUGGCUUUCGCGAAACAGCGAUYUCGUCUUCGUUCGUGAUGGCCAUCGGUUGUUUCUUCCGAUGGAUGAGUUUGAGUUUGAUUACUCUAAACGAGGAUGCUUCAAACGCGGAUUGGUUGUCAGCCAUGCCACGCUAUUUCAUUCUCCUUUUGGGCCAAGCACUGGUGUCACUCGGACAAACCGUAUUUUUGAAUGCACCYGCACGAGUGGCGGCUUCUUGGUUUCAACAGACGACCAAACCUAUUGGAGCCAUCAAUUUGUUUUCUAAUUUUGGUAUAAUCUURGGACAGUCUCUCUCGCCCCUUUGUGUCGUGGAGGAGACGGGAGAACACCUCGACCAGUUGUUAGCUGGGCAAGCGAUAGCCAUGGGCAUUUGCGCUUUGUUUACUGGAUUUUGCUUUCGAGAUGAGGAACCACUCUUGCCGCCCUCGGCUGCCGAAGCAGCUAAGCGGAGAGAACGAGAGCAGCAGUUACMAAGAGCGAGUUCUUCUUCUAGUGAAUCACAAGAGGCAACAUCUCCCGAUACCAGCGUUUCAAAGGAUGUGAAGAKAUUACUGACGAAUCCACAAUACAUCGUCUUACUGCUGGCCUUGGGGAUAGAAUAUGGAUUGAACAGCGCUAUAAUCACGCUUAUGCAGCCAUGGGUCGCCUCGUCGGGAUUUCCGGGGGACAAAAUAGCGGGGCUUUGUGGAUCACUCCUGACUACUGGCGGUAUCCUCGGAACGUCGAUUGCCGCGACACUUUUAGAUGCCACCCAAAACUUCAAUCAGGCCAUCAGAUGGUCCUUUUUAGUGAUGUUUCUUGCAGGCAUUGGCCAAGUAGCUGCGUUGCACCCUGAGUGUCCUACUUGGCUGCUAGCAACAACAUUUUUCAUAACGGGUAUGACACAAAUGCCGCUGCUUACCAUUUGUCUAGAUGCAGCUGCUGCUCAUACGUACCCCGUUCCCGAAGAAUUAUCAUCAGCCGGACUUCAGCUGGUAGGUUGCUAUCUAGGCAUGUUCUUGGUGGAUCUAAUGGUAUACUUAAUGGAAACACCCUCGGGCAACGAUGACGGCGAAAAUCAUGACCAGAAGCAUAGUUUUGCGGCAGAGGUUAAUGUUGCUUAUUUGACACUGCUCGGACUUUCUUCUAUCCUUGCCUGCUGUUACAAGAGUGAGGAUCCACGAUCAAAUGCUGGCAACAGUGGUGAAAUAAUACAUAGCGAUAGUACUCGUGCGCCCUCAUCGAUAGAAGUUCUUGACAAUAUUGAUGACAAUGAAGGGAUGAUUCACGAAAAUCUCGCAGUCAAUUGAAGUACUUUAGUUGAAGAGCGCUAAACUAAGCAGAAGACAUUUUCAUUAUGUGCGGGAAUUAGACUCAUUAAAGUUUUUUUGGGUUGAAACAUGAUUUUUGCCGAAAGUAGACUGCACAAACAUAAGAAGCUGUUACCAAAAUUUUAGCUUUGGGAUGAUGAGUGGUACUUCUUUGAUAUACUUGCCAUAUUCCGGAUUUUUGCCAUACCUUGUAUUAGCAAGUUCUACGGAAUUCAAUAUAUUGCCGGUAGCUUGGCCCUUGAACAAAGCCCAUAAGAAACCGGGCCCAAGACAAGCUAAUAACAACUUGCGAAGGCUCCACAACCACAUCAUCACCAGACUUGCACCGGUCUCGUUUUCAGUCUUAGCWAUCGUCGACAUCGGCUCGAUUAGUGCUGGAAAAUUCAUCAACAAUAUCCCUGUCCAUAAAAGCAAGUUUCCAAACCAAUUGGGAUGCUGACUGUAUUUCCAUAAUCCAACGUUGCAAAAUUGGUUGAUUCCAGUGGAGGGUUGACGUUUGAAUAUAUACUUUUGGGCGUCCGAAACACUUUCAAUAGUUAAACCCAACAAAAAUAAUGCACCUCCAGAAAAUAGUGCCAAACGAUUGUCGCGGUCGGAAUUGAGUCCCAGCAAGAAGGGCAAGCUUACAAGGACGUUCCAUAAAAAAGUGGWGAACCAAAAUUGAAAUACACCUUUUGGACUAGCAAGUACGUCCAUUAAUCGAAUGUCAUGCUUAACUUGUGUUGCCCGAAAGAACAGAAAUAGCGCAAGUUUCAUUCCCCAAAGAAAAAUAGCCGCUGAAGACCACCGAAUGUGAGCCACACUACUUCCCAAAUAAGGAAGGGCGGCAACAGCGAAAACUCCGGUUCCRAUUAGAUCGAGAUGCACGUGACUUCCUGUAAAAAUACUGAUGAGGAAUCCCACAACGAAAUCUGCGAAUGCGUAGAUCCCGAUAGAUCSAAAUAAAGGAUUCUCCGCUAG